UUAGCAAUGAAAACACUGAUUGUGCUAAGUACUAUAAUUUUAGUUGCACUUGUCAUCAAAUUUCAUGUUCAUGAAGUACAACUAUUUAUGAUAGCAAACAGUGCAGAAGACUGGAGAAUUGCUAUUACAUGGCCUCGAGGAUUACAAAUAGCAUUGGAAAUUGUUGCUUGUGGACUGUGUCCAAUUCCAAUUGAUAUUAGCUUUCAUUGGUCAACGACUGAUGGCAAAUUACCACUUGACGUGCUCUUAUCAAUCCCAAUGUUUUCUCGAUUGUACUGGUUAUGUCGUGUUAUGCUCUUACAUAGUCGAUUGUUUACUGAUGCAUCCUCAAGGAGUAUCGCUGGCCUUAAUAGGGUGAAUUGUAAUGCGCGGUUUAUUCUCAAAACCCUUAUGACAUUAUGUCCAGGUACUAUGCUGAUGGUAUUCACUGCAUCGCUGUGGAUAAUAGCAGGAUGGAUUUUACGUUUGUGCGAAAGGUUUAUUAUUAAUUUGUUAGAUACUCAUCAAAAUUAUUUUGAUUCUUUGUGGCUUAUUGCUAUAACUUUCUUAUCGGGUACAUGCACAUCUUCAAUGGUUGUUGCUGUAAUAGCACGGAAACUUGAAUUAUCUCGUGCUGAAAAACAUGUACAUAAUUUCAUGAUUGAUACACAACUCACUAAGCAGUUAAAGCAUACAGCAGCUAACGUUUUGCGUGAAACAUGGCUGAUUUAUAAAAAUCGGUUUUUAGUGGAUAAAAUUGAACCAGCCAAAAUUCGAAUGCAUCAACGCAAAUUCUUAGUAGCAAUUUAUGCGUUAACAACAUCAAAUACGUAUGAGAUAGUACACGAUAUCCAAAAUACUCAAGAAGGUUUGUCGGUAAGAAUAACGGCCAUGGAGCAUCAAUUAGCUGAAAUUACACGCGAACUUCAUAACUUGAGUGAAUUGAUAAGAUCUAAACGAAAUACUGGAAAUAUUAGUUGCACAAUAUCAGAAGGUUUCGUUUCUCAUGAAAUUCCGCUAACCGAUGCUGUUAGAAGGCGACGAAAUGUGAUAGAGCAACAAUACUUGAAAUAA